UGUAGCUACAUGUGGAAUUUACAGUGAGAGACUGAGAGCGAGUGCAUACCAAAUCAAAACAAAGCGAACUGCUGUAGUGCUGUAAUGAGUUUCAAAUUGACAAGGGUCUAGCAGUUUUGUAGCUGUAUAUUUGCAGCACUUUAUUUCUUUAUAAUCGUAAACAAUUUUAAAAGUAUCUUCUUGUAGGCUUAUUUCUUCUUCCCGCCUUUUUCUGAAGAAAAAUGUCCCAGGACAGUCAACACGGCAAAUGGACCAUAUCAGAUAGUGAAGACGAGGACAACAUUAUUCCUCCAACACCUCAAAAGGAAUCAAACAAACCAAGCAUUAAACCUGAUUUAGAAAGAAAACCUGACACGAGCACCACUUUCUUCAAGCAAGAGCCCAGGCUGAGUCCAAAACGCAAUGAGGACACCCAUUCUAUAAAAGAACCGUCCGCUCCCUCCAUGGGAUCUGAAGCCAGGAAAGCCGCACAUGUGAAUCAAACCCUCCCUGUAAAAUAUGAAAGCAACCCUUCACCUUCUGUAAAGAGAAAGAGAGAAACAGAAGAGGCAGGCUGGAACCUCUCAAGCAGUGAUGAUGAAACUCCACCACCUCCCCCCAAAAAAGAGCCCAAGAAGUCUGAUGUAAGUCCUAAGAAGAAGAAGACUGAAGACACACGUCCUCCGAGUCCACACGGCACUGGUUAUUAUAAAGAAGAGCCAUCUGAUUUCUUUGAGACCAAUUUAUUGUCUAUGAACGACAUGUAUCGAUUUUAUCUAAACAAAGUCACUGGGAUACCAAAACAGUUCAACACUGGAGCGCUGCAUAUCAAAGACAUACUUUCUCCAAUGUUUGGAACGCUGAAAGAGUCUGUACAGUUUAAUUACUGCUUUGAUGUUCCAUGGAUGGUGGAGCAGUAUCCACCUGAAUUUAGGGACAAGCCGGUCAUACUCGUUCACGGAGAAAAAAGAGAGUCCAAGGCUCGGUUAAUCGAGCAAGCCAAACCAUAUCCACAUAUUCGUUUCUGCCAGGCCAAACUGGAUAUUGCAUUUGGCACACAUCAUACGAAAAUGAUGCUGCUUUGGUACGAGGAGGGUUUCAGAGUCAUCAUUCUUACCUCAAACCUCAUCCGAGCCGAUUGGUACCAGAAGACACAGGGGAUGUGGAUGAGUCCUCUGUACCCCAGGUUACCGGAGGGAAGUCCAGGAACAGCGGGGGAGUCUCCAACCAACUUCAAAAGCGACCUGCUGGAAUACCUGGAAGCAUACCGGGCUCCAGAGCUUGCUGAGUGGAUUGACCGCAUCAAACAGCAUGAUCUGUCAGAAACGAGGGUAUAUCUCAUUGGUUCAACUCCAGGAAGAUAUCAAGGACCUGCCAUGGAGAAGUGGGGCCAUCUACGAUUAAGAAAAUUGCUCAGCGAGCAUGCGAUGCCCGUGCAGAAUGAAGAGCGAUGGCACGUGCUCGGCCAGUUCUCCAGUAUUGGCUCCAUGGGACUUGAUAAAACUAAAUGGUUGGCAGCUGAGUUCCAGCGCACUCUGACCACACUGGGGAAGGCAAGGAAAUCAUUAGCCAGUCCAGAAACACAGAUGCUCCUGAUUUACCCGUCUGUGGAAAAUGUCAGAACCAGUUUGGAGGGCUAUCCAGCCGGGGGAUCUUUACCCUACAGUAUACAGACGGCUCAAAAACAACUCUGGCUUCAUUCUUACUUCCAUGGCUGGCAUGCCGAUGUUACUGGCAGGAGCAAUGCGAUGCCUCACAUUAAAACCUACAUGAGGGUUUCACCGGACUACACACAACUGGCCUGGUUUCUUGUCACAAGUGCCAAUUUAUCAAAAGCUGCCUGGGGCGCCCUGGAGAAGAACAACACUCAGAUUAUGGUUCGUUCCUAUGAACUGGGAGUUCUCUACCUGCCUUCAGCCUUUAAUAUGAGCACAUUUCCUGUGGAGAAGAAUGUGUUUCCGGCCUCUAGCUCCUCCAAAGGCUUCCCGGUGCCUUAUGACCUCCCACCUCAGCAUUACUCAAGCAAAGAUCAACCGUGGAUCUGGAAUAUUCCUUACACUAAAGCCCCAGACACUCAUGGAAAUGUAUGGGUUCCUUCUUGAGAAGUUCGAGGUUCAGGGAUCAUCUGCAUAAUACAGAAUUAACAUAGAAAACAGACCAUCAGCAUUUGACUCUGCUUCGGGUCUGUUUAGGUUAAGCCUUAUGAAGAUCUAACCACCACACUUUAAAGGAAUAGAUCACCCACAAAUGAAAAUUGUCAUAAUUUACUCACCUUCAUUUCGUUCCAAACCUAUAUGAGUUUCUUUCUUAUGUUGAACUUAGAAGAUAUUUUGAAGAAUGCUGGUAAUCAAGUAGUUGUUGGUCCCCAUUGACCUUCUAUGGAUGUCAGUGGGGACCGACAACUGUUUGGUUCAAAAUUCUUCCAAAUAUCUUAUUUUGUGUUCAACAUAAGAAACUUAUAUAGGCUUGGAACUGAUGACAACAUUUUCAUUUUUGGGUGAAUGGUAGAUGUGCACCAUUAUAGUGUGCACCCUUAAUGCUGUAUUUUAGUCCUUUUUUUUCAUAGUAUAAAUUGGUGAUGUUUAGUUAUGCCUAAAUUGUCAACUUUUUGUAAAAACACCAAAUAAAAUGCAUUUUACAACUGGAAAA